ACGAGGUUCUAUCUUGAAUUUGGGUACAGUUCAAGAGCAAUAGCCUUCGUGGAGAAGAGUGACCCAAGCAAACUAUUUAGAUACUCUUCACUGCCGCCACAUCUCGUUCGUACAGAGCUGUAUAGCCAUGCGUCCCUUCACAUCAACUGCCGCUGUGGCGGCGAUCACCUUUUCCUUCGUUUUCGCCUCCCCUUCCCCUGAUUCUUCUAGCAAACGCUACAACCUAAACCCUAACCGCUACAAACCCGAAUGCAUCAUCAACACCGACGUUGUGGUUAUUGGUGGAGGCGGCGUCGGAACCUACGCUGCGAUUCAACUCAAAGACCAGGGCAAGAAGAUCGUGCUCAUCGAGAGUAAAGCUCGACUGGGCGGGCAUACUGAGACCUACAUCGAUCCGGAAUCCGGCAGUCCGAUUGACAUGGGAGUGAAGCUCUAUCACGACGAACCCAUCGUAUACGAUUGGUUUGAGCGCUUCAAUCUCUCCACCACCAGAUUUGACUUCGCCGCUCCUGCUCCUGGCGCUGCGUCUCAGAACGUCGACUUUCGGACGGGUCAGAUUUUGGAGGGCUUGCCGAAUGCUAACCAGACAGCUUUGGCGGGAGCUCUGCAGCGAUAUGCUGCUGUGAUCCAGCAGUAUUCUCAGUUGAACGGCGGUUUUUACCUUCCCGACCCGGUCCCUGAGGAUUUAUACAUGCCCUUCGGCCAGUUCGUGCAGAAGUAUGAUAUCGCCGAUGCUGUUCAAACCAUCUUUGGACUCACUUCCGCCUUCGGGGACAUACUCGAGCUCCCCACGCUGCAGAUAAUCCGCACUAUGUCGCUCAGUCUUCUUGCGACCACCAACAACUUCCAAACCAGCUCAGUGAUGAACAACAGUCUUCUCUUCGAGAGAGCCACCAACGAACUUCUCGCAGCUCAAUCACUCCUUCUUUCCUCAAACGUGCUCGCCACAGAACGCAUCAGCGCGUCCGGCUCCGUCAAGGUCCUCGUCUCCACUCCCAAAGGCCGCACUCUCAUCCUCGCCAGAAAACUGCUCAUAACCAUUCCCCCCACCCCAGCCGCUCUCAAAAACCUCGACACCGAUCGCAACGAACUGAGCCUCUUCAGCCAACUCACAGCCGUCGGCUACUACACCUCCAUCAUCCGCAACGCGGCUCCCGCCAACACCACGCUCCAAAACCUCGCCCUCGACCAACCCUACGCCCUUCCCCCAAUGCCCGCAAUCUACAACGUAAAUGCCAUCCCCGCCAACCCCUCCCUCAGCCUCGUCUUCUACGGCACACCCGUCGGCUCCUCGCCCUCGGACGCCGAAGCCCAGGCCGCCAUCCUCGCCGCCCUCAAGCGCUACCAAGCCGCCAACGGUCUGCCGCCCUCGGAACCCGAGUUCGUAGCUUUCAGCAACCACAGCCCGUACAACAUGAUGGUCGGCGCGCAGGCAACGCGUGAUGGGUUCUAUGCAAAGUUGUAUGCGCUGCAGGGCGGGCGCAAUACGUUCUGGAGCGGCGCGGCGUGGAGGGCGCAUGACAGCUCGGCGAGCUGGGCGUUUACGCGGGACAGUGUUUUGCCAGGGUUGAUUGCGAGUUUGUAAGGGGUUCCAAUGGUUGUUGGAUGAUGGGCUUUUCAUUCGUCGAUCAGAGUUUUGAUCAUUUUUUGAGUUUAAUCGUUGCCGUGGUCAGAGUAGGGGUUUGAGUUGGCUACAACUACGGCAAGGCUUGUGGAAUCUAUGCAAUGGGCUCGGAUAAUGGUAAGCCUAUUUUCUCCAUGGAGACUGCGAGUGAAACUAUACAACUGCCGAUCACUUCCUCGAGUUCAUGAACGCAUGUGCACGUUACUAGAAUCAGCGGAAGGUUCCUGGAGCGAGUUUU